AUGACAGCCUUGAUAGACUCCUAUAACACAGACAAUCUCUAUCAAAAUCUUUCUCAAGAAUCUGAAUUAAACUCCCAAAACUACUACCUUUCAUCCGAGCGCGAAGAAGAGUCAACAUCGCAACUGACUAAACCACAUACUGAAAGAUACUUUACUCCAGAAGAAGUCGAAUGCCACAAUUCGUCUGAAGAUUGUUGGGUAUCUUGGCUUGGUUUGGUAUACGACCUUACAAAGCUUAUCGAAGAACAUAAAGGUAGUCCACUUUUGCUGCCGAUUAUCAAAAAUGCCGGAAAAGAUAUAUCGCACUGGUUUGAUCGAGUUACAGGAAAUGUCAAGAUGCAUAUUCACCCAUUGACCAAUUGUUUGGUUCCCUAUGCCCCAGAGGGGAGGUUUGUCCAUAUACCACCACCCAUUCCCCGUGGUGACUGGUCAUCCACUGAAGGUUGUAUGCCAUGGUGGCUUGAUAAAGAAGCGUAUUGCAUUGGAUCGUUGUCGGCUAAAACGCGCAAGAUUCGUAUUGUCAACACGCUUACAAAAGAUGAGCAUAUCAUCAAGGUUUGCUGUGAGGAUAAACUAUCUGCCAUCCAAGACCGAUACUUGAGCCUCAACGCUCAUGCCAAGGGGUAUAUGUGGAAACGACUUGGAGUUUUACUUGACAUGUCAAUGACACUUGAGCAGAAUGGAGUCAAAGACGAAAGUACUUAUUUUGAUCAGCUUGGGAUUGACGAAGAUCAAUGGCUGCCUGCAAUCCAUCUUUACUUUAGCGAUGAUUUGACAAUUGCUUAG